AUGGUGCCCCCGCUGCUGCCCCUGCUGCUGCUGCUGCUGCUGCCGCCGCCCGGAGCGGCGGGGGGCCGCUGCCCGCACCGCUGCGCCUGCAGCCAGGCCGCCCUGCGCUGCCCCCCGCCGCCGCCCGGGGCGCGCCCCGCGCCCGCCCGCGCAUCGUUUACUCAUCUUCCUGUAAAAGUAAUCCCAUCACAUGCAUUUGAAGGACUUAGAGAUGCCUUCAUCAUCGAAAUCUCUCAGAGCGACUCCCUAGAGAGAAUAGAAGCAAGCGCAUUUGACAGCCUUCCUGCUUUGUCUGAAAUAUUAAUUCUGAACACGAAAAAUCUGCUGCACAUCGAGGACGGAGCAUUCAGAAACCUUCCAAGGCUAAAAUACUUGAGCAUUUGUAACACUGGAAUAAGAGAAUUUCCAGAUCUGACACAGAUCUUCUCAUCAGAAGCUCAUUUUAUCUUGGAGCUCUGUGAUAACUUGCGUAUGACAACCAUACCGCAAAAUGCUUUCCAGGGGAUGAACAAUGAAUCACUGACACUCAAACUGUAUAAAAAUGGAUUUGAAGAUAUCCACAGCCAUGCCUUCAAUGGGACCAAGCUGAAUCAACUAAUUCUGAAGGACAACAGAAACCUCAGACGGAUACACAAUGAUGCCCUGAGAGGGGCCACGGGGCCAGAUGUCCUGGAUAUAUCUUCAACGGCACUGGAGUCCCUGCCUAGUUACGGGCUCGAGGCCAUUCAGGUCCUAAAUGCAACAUCAUCAUACUCACUGAAGAGACUGCCAACUCUGGAUAAGUUCAGCAGUCUUCUGGAAGCCGUUCUAACGUAUCCCAGCCACUGCUGUGCUUUUCGAAACCUGAGGACAGAAAAACAAAAUUCCUUGCUUUCCAUUUUUGAAAACUUCUCCAAACAGUGUGAAAGCACAAUGAGGAAACCAACUAGGGAAAUAUUCUACAGAGAUGACUCUUACAACACAUCGCUGUGGCCAGCAGAAAAGAACAUGUACGCGCUUGCAGCAGAUGAAGAAACUUUUCCUUACAGCUACUCAGACAUGUUUGAUGACAGUGAAAUGACCGGCUUUGAGUUCGAGUAUGACUUUUGUCAGCCUAAGAUACUGACAUGCACUCCAGAACCAGACGCGUUUAAUCCCUGUGAAGACAUCCUGGGGUACAGCUUCCUCAGGGUUCUCAUCUGGUUCAUAAACAUCCUUGCCAUUGCUGGCAAUUUCACUGUGCUCCUCGUCCUCAUAACCAGCCAUUACAAGCUCACAGUUCCCCGCUUCCUCAUGUGCAACCUCUCCUUUGCUGACUUUUGCAUGGGACUCUACUUGCUGCUCAUCGCUUCGGUCGAUGCCCAGACGAGCGGCCAGUACUACAACCACGCCAUAGACUGGCAAACCGGCAGCGGCUGCAGUACUGCUGGCUUCUUCACCGUCUUUGCGAGCGAGCUGUCCGUGUACACGCUGACGGUGAUUACCAUCGAGAGAUGGCACACAAUCACCUAUGCCAUGCAGCUGGACCGCAAGCUGCGGCUGCGGCACGCUGUGCCGAUCAUGCUUGGUGGCUGGGUAUUCUCCAUCCUGAUUGCGGUGCUGCCACUGCUGGGGGUCAGCAGCUACAUGAAGGUCAGCAUUUGUUUGCCCAUGGAUAUCGAAACGGGUCUUUCCCAAGCCUACAUACUGCUCAUCUUGGUGCUCAAUGUUGUAGCCUUCAUUGUCAUUUGUGCUUGUUACAUCAAGAUAUACAUAGCUGUCCAGAACCCGGAGCUGGUAGCUGCCAAUAAAGAUACCAAAGUUGCCAAGAGAAUGGCCAUACUCAUCUUCACAGAUUUCACCUGCAUGGCCCCUAUUUCCUUCUUUGCCAUCUCCGCUGCCUUUAAGGUGCCUCUCAUCACAGUGACAAACUCCAAGAUCUUGUUGGUUUUAUUUUACCCAGUCAACUCCUGCGCAAACCCGUUUCUGUACGCCAUUUUCACCAAAGCAUUUCAAAGGGAUUUCUUUCUGCUGAUGAGCAAGCUUGGCUGCUGUAAGAGCCGAGCGGAGCUUUACCGGAUGAACUAUUUCUCUGCUUAUGCCUCCAACUGCAAAAAUGGCAGCUCAGCCCCAGGCCCCAGCAAGGCCUCACAAGCGCUGCUGUUUCUGUCAGCACUAGAAAAGCCGUACAAGACACGGCGCCCUACAAAAAAAAGUCAACUGGAGCGCCAGUAG